UUUAUUUUGAAAUUUGUGACCGGAAACUCAUCCUUCCUCUCGAGCUGAUGACAACACUUCGGCAACACUUGCACGAAUAACUUCCCACGAUGGCAUCCUCUGCAUUGGUGGUUUUGCUGUUAAUUCAGUUUGGACUUGGACACAGCUCCCACAAGCAUCUUCAUGAUGAUCAUUAUAUUGGCCAGCAGCACAACCCCGAACAUGACAUGAACGUCCUGCUGGGAGAUGAGGACACAGAGGAGAUCAAGAAACUUAGCCCAGCAGAACAGAGGAAAAAGAUGAUGGAAAUUGUGAAGAAAAUUGACACAAAUGCUGACAAUCUACUAAAUGCAGAGGAGAUCACUCUAUGGAUUCAGCAUGUCUACAGAAAAUACGCUCUGGAUGAUGCAGAGGAGCGGUUCCCAGAGUUUGACGCAGACAAAGAUGGUGUCGUAACGUGGGAGGAAUACAAUAUGGCUGCUCAUGACCAGCUCAUUAGUUUUGAUGACAGCGCAGUCCUGGAGGAUCCAGAGCAAGAGUCUCUCAGACACCUCCACUUGAAGGAGAGGAGGCGCUUUGACUUUGCUGAUGUGGACGGCACACCCGGCCUUAAUGUAACAGAGUUUCUGGCCUUCACUCACCCAUCUGAAGUGGAUCACAUGGCUGAUUUUGCCAUUGAGGAUGUGUUGAGUGAAUAUGACACAGAUAAAGAUGGAUUCAUCAGUCUAAGUGAAUUUAUUGGAGAUGUCCGUGGUGAUGGGGAUUCCCCUUCCCAGUGGGAGAUUGAGGAAACAGUGCGAUUUAAAGACCUCUAUGAUCAAGAUAAGGAUGGCAAAUUGAAUCGAGAGGAGCAGCUCCGCUGGGUUGCGCCGAAUAGCUACGGUUCAGCCAGAGAAGAGGCUCUUCACCUCAUCAAGGAAAUGGACAGCGAUGGAGACGGGCAGAUAUCAGAGGCUGAAGUUUUGAAAAAUCAAGAGACAUUCAUGAACAGCGAAGUGACAGACUAUGGCAGACAGCUGCAUGUAUCACAUGAUGAAUUGUAACUAUAUGUUCUUGUUGUUGUAGAGUUUCGUCAUUUGUUGCUGUGUAGAUUUUGCUUAUUUCCUAUGUUGUACAUUGACAUAAGUGGCGGGAUUCAUGUCAGUCCCUGCAGAGGGAUGACCUUAUCUGUCAGUCUGCAGUACAGACAACAGGAGACAAAUGUUGUAAACACAUGCCCUAAAGCAGGCUCCACAUUCUGUGAGUGACAGCAGAAUAUGAACAUCAGAAGCAGGAUGCAGAAGCAGGGAUGUUAUAUUGGAUUGCAUAAUAUUGCGAGGCCUUCCUGCUGUUUUUUUCCUGUUAUACUUAAACACAUUUUAUGGGUGUUCAAAUCAACUGUUAAUGAUUAACACUAAUUAGUUAAUUAACAAGGAAUUGGACUUUGUUUUGAUUACAUUUACAGAACUGAACUUGAAGAAUUGUAGCUGUGUGUCAUUAUUAGUUGUCUCUUCAUAUGCACCAAAAGUGAAAUGACAUGAGUUGCAGCCCAGCUCUGGUGGUGGCUGACAUGUUUCAGCUCUUCCUCAUUUAAAUCAAAUGAGUAAGUGCUGCUGUUUGAAGGCUGAUUUCCUGAAUGUGUCAUGAGCCGUUUCACUCGCGAGGAGCAACAGCCUGUUACACAGCAGGGUGCUGUAAAGUGACUUAAAGUUGAGCGGAUUCUUCAACUGGGACUAUUUGUAACCACUGCCAAGAUGUCAUUACAGUUUAAAGAUGCCUUUUGGGUGAGUUCAUGUGGUGCUACUAAUCCCUACUUUUUUUUUUUUUUUUUUUUUUUGGUUAUGUCUAGAGCUGAAGCUCAAGUUGAGUUUUUACUGAGGUGUGUGUGCUCAGUACGUUCACUAAUGUUUCUGAACUAUAAAGUUUUGUGUACCUUUCCACUUCUA